UUUUGACCGGAUGGCUCGUAAGUCUCUCCCGAGAAAAUCACGUGCGACACGGCGUCAUGCGAAGGUCGAACACUGGCGUAUAAAGGUCGGUAGUGCGGACUGGUGGUCACACUUCUUCUCACUACCUGCGAGGGAGGACACGCACCGGUCGCAGUUGAAGCAAUCAGACAUUAUGUUGUCUCGGGUACUUAUUUUGGCUGUCGCCAUCGCCAUGGCCGUGGCAGAGGAGCCGAUGGAUCUCACCAGGGUGCAAAGAGGAGCUCUGUACAUUCGGCUACCGGCACCGUAUUCGACGGCUCCAACUCAGUGUUAUGACCCGCAAAUUGACGAAUACUUCAACGAGGGGGACGUCUGGUCGUCCUCCUACUCGGGCUGCAAGCUGAGCACCUGUGUCGACAUCAACGGCAUCCUCAACGUCGAGAGAUACUCGUGCCCUCUGGUAAGCAAGGGCGUCGACUUCAAGCGGCUGAAGAAGGAAAACUACUACUGUCGCCAGGCCUGGGGCAACCGGAACAAGCAGUUCCCCUCCUGCUGCCCCAGUCUCCAGUGCAAAUACUACGUGAAGGGAAAGCUGAUGCCGUUGCCCAAACACAUGUACCCCCUGCUCUGAGCUAUCGACUAGGCGGCGUUAACCGAUUGUGGUACCUCUCCGCCGAAAUGCACUGUUGUAACAUUAGAAGGCUGUCAUUAUUCCUAUCGUAGCUGUGCUAAGUUAUUGAUUGGAGUGCACGGUAUUUAUGUAUGAUGGAGGAUGCAUAUACUAUGCAUUGGAGGGAAGUGCAGCAGCCAGUUAUUUAUGCAAGUUUGUGUUUCCUGUAUAUGAAGACUUAUGUUCGUUUUUAUGAAAAUAAUUUUGCAUCGAUGAAGCUCUCGAUGACAAUGUAUAUAUUGUAUAAUAUAUCGUAUGCAUAUAUAGGUACUUGAGUAAAAGUAUAUUUGAAAUAAAUAG